UCUGCCUUAACUCUCUCAAGUCUCAGCCCUAUCUUCCUUUUUGUUUAUUAGGAAAAAAAGAGAACAGUUUGAGUAACUGGAGAAGGGAAAAAAUGGGUAUUGCAGGUGCAGUGUGCAUUAUUGUGGGCCUUAUCUCAUCAAUGUGGAUGGCUGAGGCAAGAAUUCCAGGAGUUUACUCCGGUGGGGCAUGGCAAAAUGCACAUGCUACCUUCUACGGCGGCUCUGAUGCCUCUGGCACCAUGGGAGGAGCUUGUGGAUAUGGAAACCUGUACAGCCAAGGUUACGGAGUUAACACGGCAGCCUUGAGCACAGCAUUGUUCAACAAUGGGUUAAGCUGCGGUGCUUGCUUUGAGAUAAAGUGCGCAAGUGAUCCAAAAUGGUGCCAUUCAGGAAGCCCUUCCAUCUUCAUCACGGCAACCAACUUUUGCCCCCCAAACUACGCUCUCCCAAACGACAAUGGCGGCUGGUGCAACCCUCCUCGCUCUCACUUUGACCUCGCCAUGCCCAUGUUCCUUAAGAUUGCUGAGUACCGUGCAGGAAUCGUCCCCGUUUCGUACCGCCGGGUGCCAUGCCGGAAGAGGGGAGGGAUCAGGUUCACUAUCAACGGUUUCCGUUACUUCAACUUGGUUUUGAUCUCGAACGUGGCGGGUGCAGGGGAUCUUGUCAAGGUUAGCGUGAAAGGAUCAAGGACUGGUUGGAUGAGCAUGAGCCGAAACUGGGGUCAGAACUGGCAAUCAAACGCUGUUCUUGUUGGUCAGUCACUCUCUUUCAGGGUCACAGGCAGUGACAGGCGCACUUCCACCUCUUGGAACAUCGUUCCCGCCCAUUGGCAGUUUGGUCAAACAUUCACCGGCAAGAAUUUCCGAGUUUGAUAAAUAUGUGUUUUUUUUUUUUGACGAUUUGGAGGAAGGAACAACCAAUUUGCAAAAGAAAAACUUAUUAACCCCAAGAGUGAAAAAAAACUUUAGCAGUAGAAACGAAAAAAAAAUACAAGUUCCCCGCCAUGAUCCAUUUCCAUUUCUACUCUUAUUUUCUUUUGGGUUUCGACUUUUUAACCAGUAUUGACCCUUUUUAGUCGUAAAGAGACGAAGGGCAAAUGUGUAAUGGAAAAAGACCGAUGCGGCUGCACAAGACUGUAGCCCACAGCCUAAAGGUUACCAGUUAGUUUAACGAGGCUAUAUAAUAUUACAUACUAUUUGCCUUACUAUAGUUGAGUUCAAAUAUAUAUAAAUGUUUGGUUUGUUUCC